UUCUUCCCCAACCAUAGAGGGCGCCAUGUAAAACCGCAGCAUGUAUAUGUGUGCGCGCUUCUCUUUCCUGUCACCCGGAUGUUGCUCUUCUCAGCAACACGUUGAUGAAAAAAACCGAACAAGUUGAAAAUGGAGCUGAACACGAAGAAGACGAGUUCCCAGGCCCUGCUGUCAUGUGGCAGCGGAGCAGGUCUCAGCGAGACGCUCCUCCUCAAGCCGAAGGCUGACAGGUCCCUGCAGACAGAGAGAGUCCCAAGGAGCAGUGUGUUGGAGCGGCUGCAGAGCUUCCUGCCUCAGAUGGCUGAAGCUAACGAGAAGCUGAAGCAGCAGAUGGAUAAGGCUCCUGCUGGACACUUUGACAUAGAGAGCGUGGAGGAGGCACAGAGAGUCAUCGAGAUGGAUGUAGCACUGGUGGAGCUCAGUGGGUCAGACUCUGACUCUGAGGAUGAAGAUUUGUUGAACUCUGAGGAGGAAUCAGACUCUGAUGAUGAGCCGGAGAUCACAGAGGAGAACCUUAAACUACCUGGAGACAAAAGCAAGAAGAAGAAAGUUAACAUCCAGGUUCUGGACCAGCAGGGGGCGUAAACAAGUCAGCUGCACAGAUUCUUGACUUCAUAUUGACUUUAUUUUCCCCUGAGGUGAUGUGGGUGUGACAGAAGCUUUGCCCCAAGAGUCAGGUUUUGUUAAGCUUCUUCACAUACGGUAAACAGAAAACUCGUUCUUGGGAGCAGACGUUAGCUAUCGCUCUGUGAGCGACAGUCUUUUGAAAGAAUGAGGUCACGGUUUCAAAACUGCCUUUUGAGCCAGAAUCGGAUAUGGUGAUUUGAUCAUCACGUCUUGUCAUCAGCUGAUCUGAUAGGUUCAACACUGGGGAUCAUCUGUGUGUACAAAUUCAGUUCAGGCACAGUUGAGAUUUUAUAAAGGUAAUUAGGAAAAAGGUGAAAAUAUAGCCUGAUUAAUUCAUCCUUGGUUUAACCUGAAAUAUUUUGUUAUCUUUUCAUACUCAAAUAACAUGUUCACAGGUUGAAUUUGACUUAAAUGUCAAAAGGUUUUUGCUGCUCACAAUGCAAACUGUACUCUGUGGCCAAUUUAUUAGGGCCCCCCUUUUUUAAUACAGAGUAGGAAUCCUUCAUUGUUACUCUGAACAGCAUGAAUUCUGGGUGUCAUGAAAACAUUUCUCAGAGAUUCAGCUCCACGUCCCGAAUGUGUUCCACUGAAUUCACAUCUGAUCACUGGAGAGCUCACUGAAGUUCUUUGGACGUGUGUUGGUGGAAGCAGCUUGUGCUGUUGGUUUUGUAACAUGGAUCAUUAUCAUGCUGGAAGGAGUCACGUGAUAAUGUGAAGUCUUUGCCACAAUCCCCCUCUCUGAUUGUUCAUAAUCAAAGUCCAGCUCUGAUGUCUUGUUGGAGCUAGGUCUUGGUACUGAGUUCACAGAAAUAAGAGAGAAGUCUGAACACUGCCACUCUGAGAGAGAGGUUAUGAUUUCCAUGUACUGAACCCCUGUUUCUGUCAUUCAGCUCAUUCUGAAUUAAAUGUAAUAUAAAUGUAGUGGACAAAAUAAUAGAACUUCCUGUCUAUAUUAUGCCAUACAAUUAUGUCUAUAGUAUGCCAAACACUGCAGCACAAAAUCA